GACAGCUGAUCGCUGGUCGUCUCCCUGGCGUCCGUGUGUUACAGGACUAUUAACACACUCGGUUUAGAGCGCAGGGAUAGUGGAGCUCGGGAAAACACCACACAAGGGCUGCCAUGGUUUUGUAGUGCGCUAUCUAUCGGCCGGUCUGUCUGGAAAGGCGAAAAUCUGCAAAGGGGGAAAAAAAAGAAGGGAAAUGUUUUGAAAAAUAUGGGAGGUUGAGGGCCCCAUAUACACCGCAGUGCCAGGUUGUUGUUGUUGCGUGAGAAAGGGAGGUAGGAAGACACACAGAGAGAGCGAGACAAUAACAACAGUGUGUGAUUAUCACUGCGUAGAGUGAAGAAGAGAGGGAGCGGGGAAACAGGACCAUAUUGCUACCUGUCCAUUCGACCAAAAAGCCAAUCUAUCGUAUUUUUUUUUCUUUCCCCAACAAAGACAAAAAGCACAACCAACAAACAGGCACCUCGCAGAAGACCAGAAGACGUCAAGAAAACCCAAAGAAGACACAAUGGGCAGCCAAGACGCCUCCAGAAGCCUGUGGGUAUUCGGCUACGGGUCCCUUUGCUGGCACCCUGGCUUCCAGCACGGUGCCUCUGCCGUGGGGCACAUCGAGCACUACGUCAGGAGGUUCUGGCAAGGGAAUUCUACACACAGAGGCAUCCCCGGCAAGGGCAUCACCUGGGGCGUGGCGUACGAGCUCGAGGGCGAGGACGCGCUCCGCUAUCUGGAGAACCGGGAGGUGUCUUUGGGAGGCUACACCACCGCCGUCGUCAGCUUCUUCCCGAGGGACGCCGGCCUGGAGCCCUUCCCCGUGCUGCUCUACAUCGCCACGCCCGCGAACCGAGAGUGGGCGGGCCAGGCGCCCAUGCACGAGAUCGCCACCCAGAUCACGCAGUGCUCCGGGCCCGCGGGCCACAACGUGGAGUACCUCCUCCGUCUGGCCGACUUCAUGCGCGAGAAGGUCCCCGAGGGCUACGACGAGCACCUGGCCACCCUGGAGGCCCUGGUGCGGCUCAGGGUCAAGGAGAACAACCUGUGCCUUAAAUCCCUGAUGGGGGACGGCCCUCGGGAUCCACAGCAGCCCCUGCCGCAGCAGCAGCAACAGCAGCAACAGCAACAGCAGGUGGCGGCAGGAGGGGGAGACGGCGGAGGAGGAGGAGGAGGAGUCAACAGAGCGGCCGCUGGGGGAGGGUUUCUCCACCACCAUCUCCACCAUCACCAGCACGACGUCCCGCAGCCCGCCGAGGAGAGGAGGGACACCUUCCAGUUCGUGGCCAAAGUCCCUCCGAAGAAGCUCCGUUGUCUCAAUGUCUAGAAUUAGGGGCGGGGCGUAGGGGCGUCUCCAGAACCUACUGCCAGGGGAUUAGGGGAAUGGGCGGGCGGGCGGGCGGGCGGGCGGGCGUUGUCGUGCUGUGUUGUGUUCUCGUGUGUAUUGUGUGCGAUGAGGGAGAUGGGCGUGACGAAAAGGUGGGAAGAAGGAGAGGUGGAUGAAAAAGAAAAGAAAGAAAGAAAAAAAUAAAAUGAAAACAGAAGAAGAAGAAAAAGGAGAAGCCAGAGAGGAAGAGUGAACGAGAAAGAAGAAGCGAGGAUUUGAUGAAGACAGGAAAGGAGAGAAAGAAGAAAAUUGACGAAGAAGAAAGAGGCGGGUGAAG